GUCUUUUAAGCUGGAGUCCAGGUGCACGACUGUAUGAUUGUCAUUGAACUUCUUGCAUAAAAACAAACCGCUGUAGUACACGCGCGCACGGCAUGCACCGGCCAACCUUCGCCUAGUUUGUGUAUAGUUCGAUGUCGGCUCUAGCUCUGUUCUGAACAUUUAGAACUUUGUUCGUCUCUAAUUAAAAUGCCACCAACAGUGUCGGACGAAGAUUGCAGCGCCAGUGUUUCUGGCGUGGCAGCAGCCAUCAGGAAGACACUGGGGGAACGCAUCAUGAUCUUUGAUGGGGGCAUGGGAACCAUGAUCCAGGCCCUGCACCUCGACGAAGACGGCUUCCGUGGGGAGAUGUUCAAGGACCACACCAAGCCCUUGAAGGGAAACAAUGACUUGCUGGUCUUCACUCAGCCCGAUGCCAUCUACAAGAUACACAGGGAUUAUCUGGAGGCUGGGGCAGAUUUUGUGGAAACCAAUACCUUCAGUGGCACCAGGGUCGCGCAAGCCGACUAUGGCGUGGAGCAUCUGACCUAUAGGUUGAAUAAAGUGGCUGCGGAGGUUGCCAAGCGAGCAACUAAGGAUGUGUCGGAGGCUACAGGCGUCCCUCGUUAUGUGGCCGGCGCCAUGGGGCCAACCAACCGAACCCUCUCCAUCUCCCCCUCCGUGGAACAACCAGACUUCAGAAACAUAACGUUUGAUGAACUAGUGGAUGCGUACUCGGAGCAAGCCAGGGGCUUGUUAGACGGCGGGGCCGAUGUUCUCCUGGUUGAAACCAUCUUUGACACACUCAACUCCAAAGCGGCCCUCUACGCCAUACAGCUGCUCUUCGAAAACGAGUACAAGCCAGUUCCAAUAUUUAUUUCAGGCACGAUAGUUGACAAGAGUGGACGGACUCUGUCCGGUCAGACGGGCGAGGCCUUCGUCAUUAGUGUCUCCCACACCAACCCUAUGUGUCUCGGUCUCAACUGUGCCUUAGGCGCGACGGAGAUGAGACCAUUCAUUGAGGCCAUUGGGAUGUGCACGCUGGAGUACGUUAUAUGCUACCCUAAUGCUGGACUGCCGAACACCUUUGGCGACUACGACGAAACCCCGGAGAUGACGUCCAGUCACCUCGCGGCCUUUGCGAGGGAUGGACUAGUGAAUAUCGUCGGCGGUUGCUGUGGGACAACCCCUGCACACAUCAAGGCCAUCGCUGACGCCGUCAGGCCGUACAAACCCAGGGUCCCGCCCACGGAGGUUCAUCCCCACGCACAGCUCUUAUCAGGUCUUGAACCCAUGAUCCUGGGCAAGCACACGCUAUUUGUUAACAUUGGAGAGAGGUGCAAUGUUGCAGGAUCCAGGAAGUUUGCCAAACUGAUCACCAACGGUCAAUAUGAGGAGGCUUUGAGUAUAGCCAAGGCCCAGGUGGAGGCUGGAGCGCAGGUACUAGACAUCAACAUGGACGAGGGCAUGCUGGACGGGGUCAAGGCCAUGACGAAGUUCGUUAACCUCAUCUCGUCAGAGCCGGACAUCUGCAGGGUGCCGCUGUGCAUCGACUCCUCCAAGUUCAAGGUGAUUGAGGCAGGCCUCAAGUGUACCCAGGGCAAGUGCAUCGUCAACAGCAUCAGUCUCAAGGAAGGAGAGGAGGACUUCCUGGAGAAAGCCCAGACCAUCAAGAGGCACGGUGCUGCCGUGGUUAUCAUGGCGUUUGAUGAAGUCGGACAGGCCGUUGAAGUGGACCGGAAACUAGAGAUCUGCUCCCGAUCCUACAAUCUCCUUGUAGAAAAGCUGGGAUUCAACCCCAAUGACAUCAUAUUUGACCCCAACAUCUUGACAAUAGCGACGGGCAUGGAGGAGCACAACGAGUACGGAAUCAACUUCAUCAAGUCCACUGAGCUGAUCAAGAAAAGCCUUCCAGGAUGCCGGAUCAGCGGAGGCCUGUCCAACCUUUCCUUCUCAUUCCGGGGCAAGGAGAAGGUUCGCGAAGCCAUGCACAGCGUUUUCCUCUACCAUGCCAUCAAGGCUGGUAUGGACAUGGGAAUAGUCAAUGCAGGCAAUCUGCCACUGUAUGAUGACAUUGACCCAGCGUUGCUCAGACUCUGCGAGGAUCUGCUCUGGAACAGAGAUCCUGCCUCCACAGACAAGCUCCUGGAAUACGCUCAGGCAUUGGGUAAAGAUGCCAAGAAGGGAGUCGUGGAUGAGAGCUGGAGGAACAACAACGUGGAGGAACGCCUGGAAUACUCGUUAGUCAAGGGCAUUGACAAGUAUGUCGUGGCCGACACGGAGGAAGCCAGACAAAACGCAGAAUUGUACCCACGAACUCUGAAUGUGAUUGAAGGCCCGCUUAUGAAGGUACGCUCUAUCGAUUUCAUAAAACUGAAAUUACAGUUGGGUAUCAGAUAUUUACCUUUUCUUUGUUUUAAUAUUUGUCCGAACAUAUUUUGUGCUGUAAGUGCAAGCCAAGUGCACGUGACAGGUGAAACAUGAUUGUGUAGCGGACCAGACCCACGUCAAUUAACCUUA